GUCUACUCUGUCUUAAUGUUGAACAAGGCAGUCUCCUUGAGAACUUUAUUCUCUUUUCACCCCCCCAGAGGGAGCUCGUUUCCGGGUGAAACAGUUGGCAUGGCAUCCCAAAGUUCCAUGUGCUCUAAGGAUCGUUCAGGAGGCGUCACCGUGGACCACUCUGUCAGUGUGCUGGCUGUGGCCUCCACGGUUGCCCACGAGCUGGGCCACAACCUGGGCAUCAGCCACGAUACAGCCGACCGGCUUUGUGACUGUCAGAAUCCGCGGAGACUGGGCGGGUGUAUCAUGGAGCCGUCCACGGGGUUCCUCCCAGGCCAGGUCUUCAGCAGCUGCAGUCGGAGCGACCUGGAGCACAGCCUGCGACACGGAGAGGCGAUGUGCCUCUUCAACUUCCCCACCUCUGGAAGUCUGGUCGGGGACCAGAGGUGCGGCAACCUCUACCUGGAGCAGGGCGAGGAGUGCGACUGUGGGCUGGCAGAUGAGUGCAGGGACCCCUGUUGCAAUGCCACCACCUGCAAGUUGGUGCCCGGUGCCCAGUGUUCUUCCGAUGGAGCUUGCUGCGAAAACUGUCAGCUGAAGAAAGCAGCCACCCUUUGCCGUCCACCCCUGGGGGACUGUGACCUCCCUGAGUACUGCACGGGAUUGUCGCCCUACUGCCCGCCCAACGUCUUCCUGCGCAACGGCCUGUCCUGUGAUGGGGGGACGGCCUACUGCUACAACGGAGCCUGCCUCACUCUCCCGGCCCAGUGCCAGGUCCUCUGGGGUCCAGGCUCGGUCCAGGCCCCCGACAUCUGCUUCUCCAUCAACACCAAGGGCGAUAUCUACGGCAACUGCGGGGAUACGCCCAACGGCACCUUCCUCCGCUGCUCCGUGGAGGACAGCCGGUGUGGGAAGCUGCAAUGCGAGGGGGGCAGCGACCGGCCGGUGCUGGGCUCCAACGCUCAGAUCCUGGUGACCAAGGUGCGGCAGGGCGAGCUGGAAGUGAACUGCCGAGGCACGCACUUCAACCUCGGUGACGACAUCGCCGACCCUGCCCUGGUCAUGCCCGGCACCGUGUGUGGGCAGGGCAAGGCUUGCAUUGACAGGAAGUGCCAGGACGUGGCUGUGUUUGGGGUGGAACAGUGCCUGAGCAAGUGUAACAACCAUGGAGUCUGCAACAGCAACGACAACUGUCACUGCGACGCAGGCUGGGCACCACCCUUCUGUUCAAGGUCAGGGUAUGGAGGGAGCAUCGACAGUGGGCCUGUGCAGGAGGCACAAGAGAGCCAUGCCGUUGUGGUGGCUUUAGUCCUGAUCCUCCUGUUUGCCAUCGUCGUUGGCCUCCUGUGUUAUCUGAAAAGAGAUGUGGUGCGGAGCAAGCUUCAGAAACUACGCAGACGUCCACAGCGGCACAGGGAUUCCAGAGUGGAAAAUGGGAGUUGGGCGCCUCCUGUGGCCCGAAUGCGGUAUAAACCUCCUGACCGAAUACAGACAGAACUGAGGCCAGCCCUUACAGUCAAGCCUGUCCCUCAUCCACCCUCAAGAUCUGCGCCACCUACAAUGCCUCUUCCGCCUGACCCUAUGGUGAAUUCUGGCCAGCCCAAGCGGGAUGUCCCAGGAAGACCACCUCCGCUCUGCAAGCCACUGCCUCGGGACCCAGACCUCAGGAGUAGCCAGCUUGUCUCCCGGCCGCUGCUGGUCCAGAAGCCUUCUCCCCCUCGGAAGCCCCUCCCGCAGGACCCAGGAACACGACCGGUGACCCAGUGGUCAGCGUUACAGUUUGAAGAUUUCAUUCCUGACCACUGUGGGCCUCCCACCAGAGCCCCACCACCCCCUCCGGGGAAGAAUCUCCCCCCACCUACCCUGCCCUCGGCCAGCUGCUGACCAUUGCCCCCUCCCCCAGUGACCAGGGCCGGGGCACAGCAAGAUUGCAGAGGAUGCCUGCAUGUCCUCACACACUACCCUUGCGAGGAAGGGACCUCGGGCCCGGACACGGAGGAAGACGUCGGUCGGCCAGUGGUCGUGUUGCCAGGACGUGGUGGUGGACAGUGCGACGUCAUCGUGGGAGGAGUCAUUGUGGGGACUUGCAGCGUCUGAAACUGACUGACCGCAGCUUCCCACCAUUGGAGUCUGGACAUGGUCGCCCCCUCCCUCCUACAGCCUAGCAGACCCGGGGGAUUAAAGCUGUGCCUAACUAAUAGAUCUAGCAUGUGAACGGGCCGUUUGGCCCAUCAAACCACACCUAUCCCCAAUCCCCAUUCUCCCUGCAUUACCCGCUCCCCCGCAGGGGAGCAAAUUUGCUACAGCCGACGCGUCGUCGGGAUGUGGGAGGGAAUCCGAGAACCCGGGGGAAACUCGUGCGGUCACAGGGAAAAGAUGCAAACUGCAUAGACUCGCUCGCGCACUCGUGCACUGGAGGUGGGGAUCGAACCCGGUUUGUUCUCUGGAGCCCUGAGGUAGUGGCUCUUAUCUCCCCACUGUGUCUUUUGAAUAAACUUUUAUUCAGGUGUUUGUCACUCCUGUCCAGUGA